ACGCGAGCAGUUGACAAGAUUAUAUGUUGGUGAAUGGUGAGGAGUACGCUUUUAGGCGCUAAGGCAUUCGACUGUACAGAAAGUACAAUAAAUAAAAAAAUGUUGACAGCGGAUGCAAAAAAAUAUUUGCCAAGCGUUAUUAAUCAUGUUGAAAGAGCCCAAAUGUGCCAGCUCCUAAACGGUUAACUUAAGCGCAGUGUAACAAAAUGCCUAACAAUGGGUAACGCGUAGCAGAAUUAAGUAAACAAAUGUUGAAGUGAAUAUAUGCAAAUGUGAUAAGCGAUUGCUUUGCAACAAAAUUAAAAAGAAACAAUAUACACACUUAUUCGUUCGAAUAUGAACGUUUUGUGUAGAAAUGUAUAUGCAAAUGCUUGAAGUGCUACAGUUAGAGCGAUUUUGAAAGCUGCUAUUAUUUCGAAAUACGACCAAUGAAAAUAAUCGAGUAAUCAACAUAUUGUUGUUUAUGGUCAAUUACAAAGUUGAAUUGAUAUCCUCAUACUUAUGUGUUUGUUUUAGUUUAAAUUGAGCUAUUGGUGAAACUACAAUACUCGUACGAAGGUCCUUGGUAUAUGUAUAUAGGUAUUGCUAUACCUGCCAACCACCACUUAACGGGUGUACACACAAAUCAUCUAGAAAUAUUAUUAAUAAUUAGUGUAAACUCUCUCCAAGCAACUGAAUCAAGAAUGUAGUAAACUGAUGGCUAACAAUUUCUCUUCAAAACUGUGUAGUGUUGUCUGUAAAUUCAUAUAAAUAGUGUGGAACGAGCCACAAGUCUCAGGUUUAGACAAAGUUAAAAAGUCAAAAGUGUUUCCAUAAAAGGUUUUAAGGUUUUCUCACACAAAAUCAUAACUGCUGUCAGUUAUUAUAGUAUUUAACGAGUAUAUAAUACUUAAACGUCCGUUCUCUUCACAUAAACUCUCAUCUAAGUAUUUUGCAUAUCUUGCGAAGAAAUUAAUUUAAAUUUCACUAAAUAUACUUAUAUAUGAUAAUAAACAUACGAGUAUAUGGGUAUAUAUUAAUAUUUGCUGUAUACUAGUUUAAUAAAAGUAAUCAAAUAUUAGUUUCUUAUCCCUUAUUGAAGGAAAUUCAAAUUUAUGAACUUUAAGAAAUUACUUAACAAGAAAAAACUAUAACUUCGGUUGCACCGAAGCUCUAAUAAUACCUUUCACAAAUAGAAAAGUUUCCAUACCAAUUUCAUGAAAAUUUUUUCGAACGAAAAACUUUUUUUACAAGAACUUGAUUCUGAUCGUUUAGUUUGUACGGCAGAUAUAUGCUAUGGUCGCCCGUACAAGAACUUGAUUCCUUGACAGCUUUAUGCUAUACUGGUCUGAUAUCGGGGGUUCAGACAAAUGAGCAGCUUCUUGGAGAGAGUGGGAUGUGUGCGAAAUUUCCGAGCGAUGUCUUAAAACUGAGGGACUACUUCGCGUAUGUACAGAUAGACGGACAGAGCUACAGACCGAUAAAUAUGGCUAAAUCGACUCAGCUCUUCAGGGGUCUCCGACGAUACUGUCUGGGUGUUACAAACUUCGGUACAAACUUAGUAUACUUAAGGGUAUAAAAAUUUAUGUAGAAAAUGCCAUUACUUAUCAUAUAAAAUGUAUCAUACAUUUAAAAUGUCGCCAAUUCAGUAGACCAUGAUUCGCUCACUUUAUUGCCACUACUCUGUCUGUCUGUCUUGUCGGCUAUAUUAAAAACCAAUAACCAAAUUGAAGAUAAAAUAAUUUUGCUUUGGGUGUGUACUCAAUUAAAUUGAAUUAUGCUGCCUAAAUAUCAGUAAAGUGCCUGCCAACAAAUCAACCUACGGGUAUGUUUUAUAGCAUUUAUAUGUAAAUACAGGCGGACAAAGAACCAACACAAAAAAGUGAAAGCGAAUAAAUUGAAAAAUACACAAAAGCUUCAAUAACUUUGCUGCAAAAGCUGUCUAAACCAAAUUUGAAUUGUAUUCAUACAAAUCUUCAUUAAAAAAAAUAACACACCAAUAAAUUGCCUUCUAUUUAUACUCGCGCAACAUGUUGCACAGUGUAUAAUACUUUUGUUCACCUAACUAUUGUUUGCAACACCGGAAACUAAUCAAGAUGGAUAUAUAAUAUAAUUAUCUACUCGUGUAUAUAUAAUUAAUUGGGAUGUCAAGACCAGUUGAAUACCGGUUGACUGCAUGUCCAUCUGUCCAUGCAAGGGAUGACUUGAGGUAGCUUUGAUAAAUUUGAUACACCUUGAUAUUCCUUGGUACUCUAACGUGGUUGGAAUUGCAGAUGGGUGGAAUUGAAUUUUUGCCACGCCCACAAAAUGUCGUUUAGCGAAAAAUUAUAAAAUACUAAGCCACAGAAUAAAUCACAAAACUGUAAUUUGGCACAUUUUUUUAAACAUAGGUGGUCCCACCGCCUAAUAUCUAAGUUUAAUUUACAAAACAACUAGAGCUAUAUCAAUCAAACAUUUUGAGGACAAGUAAUUCUAGCACGUCCGCAUACAGUGUGAUUGUGUAAAUCUUACAGUAAAGACGAAACAAAGCGUUGCACAGGAAUUCGUGUAUUACCCACUUGUAGAUGAAAUCAUAUACUUGUAGUACCUCAGGAACUAUGUAGUCCACCAAUUUCAAGUUUGGUACAUCAUAUAAUCAGGAUAUUUUUAUGUCGUAGUGUGAAAAUGAGCGAAAUCGGAUUUCAAAUACAUAUAGUUCUUGAUCCUUUCGCUUUACAGUAAAUAAAUCCAGAACCAAUCAAGAAAUCGUAACAAUACGCUGCACGAAUAGUGUCUAAGCCAUAUCGUUCAUAUAUAGUUGACAACCGUCUAUUUCAAGGCUACUGAUACUAACUAUGGAAACCUUAGAGUCUAUGGCUGAUUUUUUUCUCGAAAAUAGCUGUUACUCUGGGAGUCUGUCCGUCAUUUUCUCUCCUGGAAGGUUCUCAUAUAACCGCCAUACAAACUGCACGAUCAAAAUCAUGUCCUUGUAUGGAAAACUUUUUUAUUUAACAAGAUAUCUUCACGAAAUUUGGUAUAGAUUAUUGUCGAAAGCAACGGUACAAUAGUUCUUGUAUGGAAACCAUUGUAUUUGUGAAGAGUAAUAUAUGUUUGCUUGUUUAAGUAAUAUAAAGUUUUGCCAACACCCAGUUUUGAUUCUUUCAAAUUGUGAGAGUAUAAAAUGUUAAGUUACAACCGAACUUAGCCCUUCCUUACUUAUUUUUAUUGUAAUAGGCAAAUACCAGUACAUAUGUUAUACUUUCGCACACAUUUGUGCACACGGACAUGUGCACUAAACUAGGUCGACCAUGCUAUUCAAGUAUAAACAAAGUGCCAAACACGCUGUGCGAGUAAUAUAGUGCAAGAAAAAUACAAUAGAAAUUCUCCAAUGAAUGGCACCGAAAUUGAUAAGGGAAACCUACACGCACAACGCGCACACAUGUGUACUAGUUGCCUACGUAUGUAAACGUGGGUACUUGUUCUGACACACUUUUAAGUUCAUCAAGUCAGUAUGCAAACACUGCAAAGCACACUUGUAUUAUCGCACUCCUCAAGUAUGCUGUCGACAUUCAGUUCUAAGAUAGUUUAGGCAUUGCAACGAAAGUCAUGAGAAGCAAUAUACAUGUUUAAAAGUGGUUUCCUAUAUUACUUCACAUAUUGCAAUAUAAAAAUGUGCAUAUAAUAAUUAAUUUCAUACAUUUUCGCAAGCUGCCCACUUAUAUCUUACUAAGUUUACAUUAUUGCGUCCAAGAUAAAUAUAUAGUUUUGAAUCAGUCAAAAAUUAACAGCAACAGUUGAGUCAAAUAGUUUAAGAUAUCAUCUGUUCUUCAUUGAAUAGCUUGCUAAACUUCUUUGCUUCCCCUGUUUCUUAGAUGUGUGUUUUUAGCCGUCGUUGCUUUUCGGAUCCCCUCAUUGGAUCACGUUAGAGGUGAAUUUAUGUAAUUCAUAAAUUACUCAUCUAGUGCGAAUAAUUUCCAUUCUUUUGGCACCAGAAAAUUUUUUAGAUAAUUUGCUUAUUUUAAUCGGUUGAUACUACAGAAUAUUUAUUUAACUAGAGCGCGUCAGCGUUUUGGGGUCAAAAAGUCAAUAGUUUAAGGUCGCCGUGUGAGUUGGUGACACAGUUAAGAAGUCAAUAAAUAUUAAACUACAAAAGAAAUUUAAAUGGAGCAAUAAAAUUAAAGAAAUUUACUCUUCUUCCAGCGAAAAUAACGGCUUUCUUAAGGAUUAGGGUAAUUAAGCAUUUUGGAAAAUUUUUAAAUCAUAUUAUUGGGUAGAAUGGGUAAUACUUAAGUAUUUUUUAAAAACAUAUUUGUACAUAAUUUAAUAAUAGUAAGUCAAUUUAAACAACGAACUCUACAACUCACAUCUUAUAUCAGUAAAAAAAAAACACAAAAGAAGAAGCAUAAAAGCAACUAUCGCAUAUUGUUCAUAUGUUUCUUUAUAAAAAUCAAACAGCAGAGCAAGAUUCCGAUAUCAAAAAAGGACCGUACAACGUCCUGUAACUAUUAGAAGAUACUUGAAUAACAAAACAAUAAACUAGGCUUCUCUGCAGGCAAUCAUGUUGUGCUUCAAUUUGAAACUAGCCACCAUCUUUCAAUCAUAUCGCCAGGAGAACGUACGUGACCGCAGUCAAAGUUUAUGUGCGCCACCGACCUCACAUCGAGUCCCUCCACACAGGGACAUCGGAGCUUUACGUGUGCUUCAGCGGCGGGCAUCGAGCGUUAUCUCUUCGGCUACGGAAUUAAUAUCAAGACGUGGGGUUUUUUCACGCCACCAUUACGGUUCAGUUGACCAAUUACCACAAUCUGAUUUAGAUGGCCUGGAUCCGAACUUUAAACGUUUUCGAAUUGAAAAUGGUGAUUCGCUAGCAGAAAAAGACGAGGUUUUCGGAUCUCCGAGCACCCCUAUCUUAGAGAAUCCUGAGCAUCAAACACGAUGGUAUUUCAAAUACUUUUUGGGCAAAUUGCACCAAAAUUAUGUCGGUGUGGAUACGGAGAAGAAUCCUUACUUUCUUUCGGUUGUGUCGCAAGAUUCGGGUCAUCAGGGUGCACCAAUGUUUCGGGCAAUAUUAUUUCGGAAGCAGGGUACACAGAAAAUUGCACUACCUUUUCAAUCUAAUCAAAAGCUGACUGUGAAACAAAUAUUGGCACAUUUUACUGGUAUGGACGCAUCAGCUAAAAAUCCCAAAGAGAUAUAUACAGCCGACAUACAAAAGGACUUGCUACUACUUGAAGAGCAAGAGGGUUCGGUGAACUUCAAAUUCGGUGUGAUAUAUAUGAAACCUGGUCAAGUUUGUGAUGACGAAAUGCUGAGCAAUCAAGAUGCAAGUAAAGACUUCGAGAAUUUUCUGCACAUACUCGGGGAACGCAUACGCCUUAAAAGUUGGGAUCGCUUCCGCGGCGGAUUAGAUGUAAAAGGCGAUAUGACCGGCAAAUAUUCUAUAUAUACGCUAUAUGAAGGACACGAAAUAAUGUUUCACGUAUCGACGCUUCUACCAUAUUCCCAGGAUAAUCGGCAACAGGUGGAACGGAAACGGCAUAUUGGCAAUGACAUUGUUAACAUCAUUUUCAUUGACCAGCCAACCGCAGUCCAAAUCAACAUGCGGCAAACGGACGCAAACGAUAAAGAUAACAUCGAAUUUAUACUGCCGACAGCAUUUGAUCCCACGUGGAUCAAGAGCCAAUUUACACAUAUAUUUGCGGUGGUUACAAAACUCAACAAUGCCUACCGUUUGGCAGUAUUUUGCGAUGAAAAUGUGCCGCCCUUUGGACCGACUCUUCCAAAUCCACCUGAAUUUACGGAUAUUUUCAUGUUUCGCGAGUUUCUGCUUGUAAAAAUGAUAAACGCGGAAAAAGCCACUUUUCAAACACCAAUAUUUUCAAAAAAACGAGAAAGAACUUUGGAUAUGUUAAUAAAAGACUUAUACGACGACUAUAUGGGUGAUAGUAAACUGAAUAUGCUAAAUAGACGCGCAUUCUCUGAAGUUCUCUACGAUGUGCCCCGAACAUCAAAAUUAAAAGAGGACGCGCGACAGAUUGAGUUCGUGCGCAUCGGUCAGGCACUGAAAUUAGAGGCUAUCGUGCGAGGCGAUGCGCCGACCAGUAUUGCCUCCGCUAGCCCCUGCACAAUAUUUCGCAAUCCACCGUGGGAACCACAUUGUUUUUAUCCAACAUUUUUGCAUCGUGGAACACUGGUAGGCGACUCAUUCGGUUCCAACGACGAAAACUUAUUUAUUGCCACUGAUGAUGGAACAUAUCUGAUGAAAGAGGAUCAAUCGCAUCAGUUAAUCUUUGACAAGACAUUUCAAGUGCGACAACUAAGCGUGCUGGAAGACCAUGGAAUUGUGCUCAUACGCGGCGGCUCACUAACUAAUCGUGACGCUCAUCGCAUUCACGUCUUUCGUUUGCGUGAAUUUCAGCUCAAUAAUGGCGAGGAAACUUUGCGUUGCCGCAGUCGCGCCGAGGUGAAGGAACGCCGUAUCGAACGCACACGCGGAUGUCAUUUGUUUGCAAGCUCACGUAGUAGUGGCGGCCAUUUGAGGCUGAUGGUGGCAGUCAACCGCAAAUUACAGUUAUUUCAAUGGAAGCAUUCAGCCGCCUGGGCGUCGUGGUGUCCGAAAAACGACACAGAAACAGUGGAAGGAUUCAUCUAUCAAAAGGAAAUCACGCUGUGUGAGUCGCCAAGCUUAAUAACGCCACUGGAGGGACCGACGAACACAAACGCGGGUGGACUGAUUUGCGUAGGCUACAAAUACCAUUACGAAAUUGUCUGUGAUCAAACGGGAACAGCCAAUAGACUCUAUGAUUUGGAAUCGGCAAAAAGAAAUCAAGCACAAUUGACGGCGGCCAUUGAACUCUGUGAUGGCAUGGAAACAGAAUUACUGUUGUGUUAUAAUCAUACUUGCCAUUUUCAGAAGUUGAGCAGUCGAUCUGACACAAAAAACAACUUCGACUUCCACUGGAACACAUCACCGACCGCUGUUGUUUGUGCCUUUCCCUAUAUACUUGGUUUCACAUCAGACUCAAUGGAAAUUCGACUAUUGGUGAACGGUAACUUAGUGCAUACAGCAAUAAUGCCGGAAUUACAGCUGAUAACCUCUAAGCGAGACAUAUUUUUUGUUACAACGGCCCCAGAAUUUAUGUCUAAAGAUCUUCACAUUAAAGGUUUGCAUAUACAUGAGUUUUCAGCAUCGGAACGUCGGUUAGGCACCACCCCGAGCGAAGCAUCUUCUAAUGAGGAACUCUCUCGAGGUGAACAGCUUUGCUUAACUCCCAAAGACAUACCAAUAAAUCCAGAACAUGAACUAACCAAUUUGCUAGAGAUACCGAACGCUAGCGGAUCAUUGCCACACAUACAUCGAGCCCGUUCGCUCCAGAAAACCCACAAUGUGUACGAAGAUAAGCCGGUAAUAGCUAAAAGUAAUUCUUGUGGCGACACAGACAACCGUUUUAGUGGAUUACGCAACACUUCAAAAGUUGGCGAACACUUACAGCAACAACAGCUAACACAACAUGGUGUACCGCCGAAUUCGCCGCGAAACAAUAAUAGCGGCAGCAGUAAUAGUAAUAGCAGUAAGAGCAGCCAACUGUCGCCCAUGUCGCCCACCAGGCGAACUUCUAAGUAUCGAAAUCUCUUCAAUAGUGUCACAAGCAGUGGUAGUGGUGGUGGUAAUUCACCUAACCUCACUGAUAGCUGCUCUCGUUCCCCAGAUCGUAUGAAGCCAUUGCGAGUCUAUCGCAUUCCACUCGUCAAGUUGACUGGUGUUCAUUCACACUUUCAUAUGCAUGCAUUCAAUGCAACAGCUGUCGCAGGCGUUGCGUCUCAGACACAUCCAACACAGCAUCUAAAUGCUUUAUCGAUGACGAAGCGUCAAAAGUCUGUGGAUACGCAGCUGUCAUUAUCGAUGAGCAGCUAUACCGAUUGUUUGUAUCAUGAAUGACAAAAACGCGAAAUUAAAACGAAUAAUGAGAUUACAUCCACAACCAUCAACACAAAGCAACUUCAACAGCGCCAGGCACAAGAAGCGUUGAUGGCAACACCCUUAAUGCGGGAACACAAUUCCAUGGAUCUUCAUUUUGGUGAGCGCGAUUGUUAUGACGACAAUAAGUUUCGUGAGGACGAUGAAGCCUAUGCCGACGAAGUUCCCCUGCUGUUAAAUGGAAGAUCCAAUGCAUUCAGAACGCGCAAAAGCAAACCAACGUCAUUACCAUCGAAUGAGGUACAAAUGUGGCUGACAAAGGAGCUACGCAGGUUUCAGAAAAAUCUAUCGCAAGAAAAUUAGUGAGAAAGUUGUAGUGAAUGGGGAAUAAAAAUUUAACGCAGACGAAUGACGUACAUAUAAGUGCAACUGAUUCUUAGCUUAAAGUUAAAUAACUAAAAUUUCUUUUUCAUCACAAUAAGUCAGGGUAAAAUGUACGACAUUCAUCUUAAUAUUUGCGUGUUUUUCUUCUUCAACAUUUCAGAAUCACUUUCCUAUAUUUUUGUAUAAUCUCCGUCAACGCCUUCUUCAAGUAAACCGACCACUCAUUUACUCAUGUUACUGUUACCACAAAAGUAUAUAAAUCAUGCUUUUUAGAGUUAUCGAACAAUUAUUGCAAAUAAAAAACAGAAUAUUGAAUGGAAUGGCAAAUAUGUACAUAGGUACAUAUGUUUGCUUCAUUGGUAUGAGCUUAUUGCUUGAACCAGCGUCUCGCCAAGAUCAUAGCAAUUGUCACAUUUGAUUGGUCAGCUAUAUUUGGUUUAUCAACAAAGUCCACUUACUUGGCGCACUCUUAAAACAAUAGUGGAAUAUCAACACGUAUAUCGAUAUUUCGUACUAAAAUGAAGUAAGUCACAAAAUUUUUUUUUUAAAAAGCUCACAUAUGGAGAAGAGUAAACUCGAAAUAUGAAAGGCACUAUGUUUAGUAUAAGUGUGAUAUCAGAUUUAAAAAUUAGAUAAUGAGUUAUGUACGAGUAUACUCCUCCUUUCUUUAACUAUCAAUAUUUAAGAGAGUUUUCUUUCAUUUAGCUGGUUAGUUUUAAAAGUUUCUUGUAAAGUAAUUUUUAGUGUAGUUACAUUCUAAGGCUUAUUAAAAAAAAUUAUAUAACAUACAGAAUUGCGGUUAAAUAUACCUCAAAUGUUAUAAAGUGCAAAAAAUAUAUAUAUAUUUGUAUAAAAAAAUCUCUAUGAAAAUGUUACAAACAUACCAUAUAUAUAAAUAUAUAUACGUAAUAUAUGUAUAUAAUAUAGGUUGAUUUAUGCAUUACACCCUAUAAAUAUUAGUCAAUUACAAUUGUGUUUCUCUUCAACUUUUCUAUUCUACGUUUAUCCAAACCUUCAAAUUAAAAGCACAGAACUCCUGAGCAACUGAAUCAACAUAUUAAUAAUUUAAUAUACUUUCACAGGGAAAUUACAAUAGCUGUCUUCGAUUCGCCAAGCGACGGAGAGUAGCAAAGCUCAAUGAAGAAAUGUUUUUUUCGCGUUAAAAAGCGUUCCCGUUACUCCUUUGGUUUUGUUAGCUAUACAUUAUUUUAAUUGAUUUGAAGUUUUAGAAAUACAAGGAGAAACUUUUUUUUUUGAUUUGUCAUUUGAACCAUUCACAAUAGUAAUACUGAUCUAAAAUACGCAAAACCAAACGUGGUAGCAUUUGGAAAAUAGCGGCUAAACCACUUUAAUGAGGCAUCCGCAAACUCUCUUGUGCGAAUUCUACUCGAUAUCUUUAUUAUUGCUUUUACUUAUAAUUUAUUUUUUCAAAAAAAAAAAACAGAAACGAACAAGGAAUUGGCAAAUCGACGACAGCUAAGAUUGACGAGCAAUGCAAAUUUCUUUAGAUCCAUGUUGUGAACGAGAAUAAAUCCGAAUUAUAUGUAGUCGGUCUCUCGAAUGAAACAUUUUAGGCCUGGUUACACAUAGUUCGAAUUGAGUGAUUGAUUUCAAUAAUGAUGAUAAUAUUACUUACAUUACUUAUACAUGUAGACAUGUGUAAAGGCUUUAAAUUAGUAUGUUACUGAAAAUAUAUUGGGUCUACCAUACAACUAUAUUCGUGCGGUUUGCGAAGACAUGGUGUAACAAUAAAAAAUAAGUUCAAAACUUGCUUUUAAGUAUAAACAAUGGAGUAGUUCGAUUCAAUAAAAAUACACAAAAGUUUUACAAAUAAAUAAUUUAUUAAGAGAUACCUAUCAUUUAUUAUACUCUCGCAACCUGUUGCUA